CCAGCCAUGAUGCAGCCGCCGCGAGUGGAAACAGACACCAUUGGGGCCGGCGAGGGACCGCAGCCGGCGGUGCCCUGGUCGGCCUGGGUCACCCGGCAGGGCUGGGUGCGCUGGUGGGCAUGCCACGUGCCCCGGAGCUGGGCCCAGUGGUGGUCCACAUCCGGCUGGCGGCAGCCCCUGCAGCGUGUGCUGUGGGGUCUGGAGGGCAUACUCUACCUGCUGUUGGCACUGAUGCUGUGCCACGCACUGUUCACCACCGGCUCCCACCUGCUGGGCUCCCUGUGGCCCGUCGUGGCCACAGUGUGGAGCCACCUGCUGCCGGCCAUCCUCUUGCUGGUGCUCAGUGCCCUGCCCGCCCUACUCUUCACGGCCUCUUUCCUGCUGCUUUUCUCCACGCUGCUGAGCCUCGUGGGCCUCAUCACCUCCAUGACUCACCCAGGCUACGCUCAGGACUUAGACCAAUAG